GAGACAUGAGGAAGCAAUGACGGGUUAUAAAUAUGCAAACAUUCCAGUACUCUUUCUAUAGAAUUUAAGAGACAUUCCAAAGUCUCCACACAAGUCUGUGCCCAACAUGACUGUAAAUGGUCAGCCUCUCUCCGAUGGACAGAUCCCUAAGGAUACUACCGUCCCUCUUGUAUUGCCACCAAAUACCACCGCUGCGACGUUCAGUAUCUUCAUUGGUCGUCUUACAGAAGUUGUAACCGCAGAGAACCUUACGAUCGUCACCGAUGAAGAACAGCUUCUGAAAGAUGACUAUAUGGACCGAUCCAAGUUUCAUGACAUGUUCCACAUUGUGGAAAAGGAUGCGUUCAUCUCCAGUGCUGUGGUUGCCCCUCGUAGUGUCCCUGAGGUACAGGCCAUCAUGCGGCUGGCCAACGAGUUUGAGAUCCCUGUUUGGCCAUUCUCUAUGGGUCGCAACAUUGGCUAUGGUGGUUCAGCACCUAGAGUAGCUGGAAGCAUUGGCAUUGACAUGGGCAAAAACUUGAACAAGGUGAUCGAGUUGAAUGCAGAUCUCGCCUAUGCGCUCGUUGAGCCUGGUGUAUCGUUCUUUGAUCUUCACGAGUACAUUGAUCAGAGGGGUCUCCGAGAAAAGGUGUGGGCGGAUGUGCCUGACCUUGGAGGCGGCUCUAUCAUUGGAAAUACGCUGGAACGAGGCAUCGGAUACACUCCCUACGGGGACCACUGGAUGAUGCACUGUGGUCUUGAAGUCGUUCUACCCGAUGGAUCUCUUAUCAGGACCGGAAUGGGAGCCCUUCCAAAUCCACGAGCCGACAAGACCAAACCACCACAUGAACAGGAGCCAAACGAGAGUUGGCAAUUGUUCAACUAUGGGUUCGGCUCAUACAACGAUGGUAUCUUCACCCAGUCGUCAUUGGGAAUCGUGGUCAAGAUGGGCGUUUGGCUGAUGCCGAACCCUGGAGGCUACCAGGCUUAUAUGAUCACCUUUCCAAGGGAUGACGAUCUGAAACAGAUCGUCGAGAUUUUACGUCCACUCAGGAUAGCUAUGGUCAUACAGAAUCCACCCAAGCUAGACAACAUUCUUGUCAGUGCUGCACUCAUGGGUAACCGAAGGGCCUUCAGUGACUCUCCAAAUCCUCUGACAGAUGAGGAGCUGGACCAGAUAGCGGAAAAGCUCAAUCUCGGCCGGUGGAACUUCUACGGUGCGAUGUACGGUCCCCCAGAGGUUCGAGAUGCAUUUUGGUCUGUCAUCAAGUCCUCCUUCAGCAAAGUCAAGGGUGCCAAGUUCUUCUUCCCAGAAGAUCAUCCAGACGAUGUUGCGUUGCAGACUCGAAAAAACACCUUCCAAGGGAUCCCGUCCAUCACUGAGCUCAACUGGGUGAGCUGGCUUCCAAAUGGGAGCCAUUUGUUCUUUGCGCCCAUCGCUAAAGCUACGGGCGAGGAUGCAGAGGCCCAGUAUGCGUUGACACGUAAGUUGAGUGAGGAACAUGGGUUUGACUUCAUUGGGGCGUUCCUUGUCGGUGUACGCGAGAUCCAUCACAUUGUGUGCAUCGUUUUCGAUCGCAAAGAUCCGGAAUCGAGGCAGCGUGCGCAUAAAUUGAUCAAAGUUUUGAUCAAGGAGGCGGCAGAGAGGGGGUGGGGCGAGUAUCGCGCCCAUCUUGCUCUGAUGGAUCAGAUUGCCGGAACCUACAACUUUAACGACAACGCACAGAUGAAACUGAACGAGAAAAUCAAGAAUGCUUUGGAUCCCAAGGGAGUAUUAUCGCCAGGAAAGAACGGUGUAUGGCCUGCGCGUUAUGAGAAAGAGCAGUGGAGCCUAGAUAACUAGGUACGAAGUAGAAUCUUGCGUGUUCAGCAACUGGAAGGCGUGACCCGUAGAUAUGUAUAUAAUUACGUUGAUCAAACUCGACCCAAGAUUUAGUCACGUCACAUGAACUCUUGAACUGGGGCAUAGUUACUGGAUCCUUAGUAGCUGUAGCUAUAGGCUUUUGAUAUCACUGUCACGAUUUACUCCAAAUCCGCCCAUGCAGAGUGCUUAUAUGACACAUCUGCGCCCACGCAGUCGAGAAGUUGCUGAAAUAGAUCACAAUCUGAAAUUCAAUC